CUAAGCGAAUCAGUUAGAGAGCGAAUGAAAUCGUCUUGUACGAGGUUCUGCGCAAGCCUAUACCUAUGCGGUUGUCAUUCUUGUGAGUCGUCUCGUGUCGAGUCGGAGUCUAUAUAGAGAGCUUUAGGUUUCUAUGCGUGAGAUAAUAAAUAUGAGAAUUCAUUCUUUCGUUGUAAUUUAAGUUCUGCUCAUUCGCACGCAUAGUGACGUACUACACCUAUAUUUAAUUAAAAGGUUUUCCAUUGGGGAUUACGUGUGCAUCGACCGACAGAAACUUCUUCGAUUUUUAUCCAACUUCGCAAAAUGGUAAAUAACUCUACUUGGAGUCCGGACUAUGUUAAUUCGGACAAUAGAUUGAUUCCACUCGCCGCUUCAUGUAUACGUCGGACAUGAAAAAUCUUGCUACGCGUUGGACGGGCCCCUACACACUUCGCACUGCCGCCCUGACCGCCGCUGCAUCAGCAAAGGAGAACCUCGGGUGCAGUUGCAUCUUCGUGAUCAAAAUCCGGAGCCCGAGGAGUCCGGUAGCGUUGCAACCGCCUCCCCCAUCCGUCCGUUCCUACGAAAGCAGCCCGUUUGCCUUCGCGUCUAGAAGAAGCUCCAUCCCCAGGAGGCAGCUGAGUAUCGGCUACCCCCGACCUCAUCCUCGACUACUGCGUCGCAGUUCGCUAAUCUCCACCAGACGUCGCGUCAGCCUCGAAAACUGUUAGCACCAAUCGUCAGAACGGUGGCUCAGUCGGGUGCAGCUUAGACAAUGUCCGAAGACUCUGACUCCAUAUCAGAGGAAGAACGCAGCUUGUUCCGUCCGUUUACACGGGAAUCUCUGGCAACUAUCGAGGCUCGUAUCGCCGAAGAAUAUGCCAAGCAGAAGGAGCUCGAAAAGAAGCGUGCCGAAGGCGAGGUACGAUACGACGACGAAGACGAAGAUGAGGGACCUCAGCCGGACCCGAUGUUGGAGCAAGGUGCGCCCAUCCCGGUGCGACUACACAACGAGUUCCCUCCGGAACUUGCUUCCACUCCUCUUGAGGAUAUUGACAGCUUCUACCAUAAUCAGAGGACGUUCGUGGUCGUCAGCAAAGGCAAGGACAUAUUCAGGUUUUCGGCGACGGAUGCGCUGUGGAUUUUGGAUCCCUUCAAUCCGAUCAGACGGGUGGCCAUCUACAUUUUGGUCCACCCGUUGUUCUCCCUUUUCAUCAUCACCACAAUUCUGGUUAACUGCAUACUCAUGAUCAUGCCCACAACGCCCACCAUCGAGUCAACCGAAGUGAUAUUUACGGGCAUCUACACAUUUGAGUCCGCCGUUAAGGUGAUGGCGAGGGGUUUCAUUCUGCAGCCUUUUACCUAUCUUAGAGAUGCAUGGAAUUGGCUCGACUUCGUAGUAAUAGCUUUAGCUUAUGUGACCAUGGGCAUAGAUCUAGGAAACCUUGCUGCUCUGAGGACAUUUCGAGUCCUUCGAGCCUUGAAGACUGUCGCUAUUGUACCAGGUCUGAAAACAAUCGUCGGUGCCGUCAUAGAAUCCGUUAAAAAUCUGAGGGACGUUAUAAUCCUCACCAUGUUCUCCUUGUCCGUGUUCGCGCUGAUGGGUCUACAGAUAUACAUGGGUGUUCUUACCCAAAAGUGUAUAAGAAAUUUCCCCGAGGAUGGCUCGUGGGGCAAUCUUACCGAUGAGAAUUGGGAACGAUUCGUCAGUAACGAGACAAAUUGGUACGUGGACGAAGGUGGGAACAUGCCCUUGUGUGGCAAUUCAUCUGGAGCUGGGAUGUGCGAUCCUGGUUACACCUGUUUGCAAGGGUAUGGCUCGAACCCGAACUAUGGAUACACCAGCUUCGACACCUUCGGCUGGGCGUUACUCUCCGCCUUUCGUCUGAUGACACAAGACUACUGGGAGAACCUUUACCAGCUCGUUCUGAGGUCAGCUGGACCCUGGCACAUGCUCUUUUUUAUCGUUAUCAUUUUCCUUGGUUCGUUUUAUCUCGUCAACUUGAUCCUCGCCAUCGUCGCUAUGUCGUACGAUGAGUUACAGAAGAAAGCCGAGGAGGAAGAGGCUGCUGAGGAGGAAGCGAUCAGGGAAGCUGAGGAGGCGGCACUGGCGAAAGAAAAUAAACUUGCAGCUCAGGCUGCAGCAAGAGAAGCAGCGGCGGCAGCUGCGGCUGCGGAUCAGAUAGUCAAAUCACCAUCCGACUUCUCUUGCCACAGCUACGAGCUGUUUGUUGGACAAGAAAAAGGCAACGACGACAACAACAAGGAGAGAAUGAGCAUACGUUCCGUUGAGUCGGUGAGCGAACACAGAGUGAAGCCACCCAACAACAAUCACAGCAGUGCCUCGAACAAAGUCCGAAAAGUCAGUGCCGCUAGCCUCAGCCUACCAGGGUCUCCCUUCAAUCUGAGAAGAGGAAGCCGAGGAAGUCAUCAGUUCACGAUACGAAAUGGACGAGGAAGAUUCGUCGGCCCUCCAGGCGGGGACCGGAAGCCCCUCGUUCUGUCGACGUACCUCGACGCCCAGGAGCAUCUGCCCUACGCCGAUGACUCGAACGCCGUAACGCCGAUGUCCGAAGAAAAUGGCACCAUCGUUGUUCCCGUCUACUACGCAAGCCUCGGCUCCAGACACUCGUCCUACACGUCGCACGCCUCCAGGUUAUCCUACACCUCUCACGGGGAUCUCCUCGGGGGCAUCGCAGGCGCCGGGAAGCCGAUGACCAAGGAAAGCCGUCUCAGGAGUAGGUCGGCCAGGCCGCCUUCGGGGAACAGCCACGUUAAUGACCAGAACCAUAAACACCUUUACGAGGGAGACAUCGAUGAUCCAAUGGGAAAAGUAAAGCAACAGGACAAUCCGUUUAUCGAACCUUCUCAACAGCACGCCGUUGUCGACAUGAAAGAUGUUAUGGUUCUGAACGAUAUCAUAGAACAGGCUGCGGGACGGCAGAGCAAAGCUUCGGAUCAUGGAGAGGACGACGAAGAAGGUCCUGCAUUCAAGGAAAAAUUAUUGGCUCUAUGCCUUCGUGGCAUAGACAUAUUUUGUGUCUGGGAUUGCUGUUGGGUUUGGCUAAAGUUUCAAGAGUUCGUCGCACUGGUCGUCUUCGAUCCUUUCGUGGAGCUUUUCAUCACGCUCUGUAUCGUAGUCAACACUCUCUUCAUGGCCUUGGAUCAUCACGCCAUGGAUCCGGACAUGGACAGGGUAUUGAAGUCCGGAAACUACUUCUUCACAACCACCUUUGGCAUCGAAGCAACUAUGAAGCUGAUCGCGAUGAGCCCCAAGUAUUACUUUCAGGAAGGGUGGAACAUUUUCGACUUUAUCAUCGUGGCCUUGUCGCUGUUGGAGUUGGGUCUCGAGGGUGUUCAAGGAUUGUCGGUGUUGCGUUCCUUCAGACUGCUGAGAGUCUUCAAGCUGGCAAAGUCUUGGCCCACGUUGAAUCUGCUCAUCUCCAUUAUGGGCAGAACGGUGGGUGCCUUGGGUAACCUGACCUUUGUGUUGUGCAUUAUCAUCUUCAUAUUUGCCGUGAUGGGCAUGCAAUUGUUCGGGAAAAAUUACACCGACAACGUCGACCGAUUCCCGGAUGGAGAUCUUCCUCGAUGGAACUUCACCGACUUCAUGCACUCCUUCAUGAUCGUAUUUCGCGUUCUAUGCGGAGAAUGGAUCGAGUCUAUGUGGGACUGUAUGCUGGUUGGAGACGUAUCCUGUAUACCUUUUUUCCUGGCGACGGUGGUCAUUGGUAACUUGGUCGUUCUCAACCUCUUCUUGGCCUUGCUCUUGAGCAACUUUGGUUCGUCGAAUCUAUCGGCACCGACGGCAGACAACGAUACGAAUAAAAUCGCUGAAGCUAUCGACAGGAUAGCACGAUUCAUACAAUGGGUGAAGAGAAGUCUGUUUAACCUGUUUAAAAUGAUGCGAGCCAAGUUCACCAAUCAGAUAUCCGAUCAGGCGCCAGGUGAGGGACCGUCCAACAGUUGGAAAGAAGUGAUGUCCGGACGUUUUUAUACCCCUAAUAAAAAAGGAUGUGGAAUUCUGGGUGACUGUGCAGAUGGAAUCGAUCGCGAUGGAGAUUUAGAUCUAGCGGAUGGUGAGCUAGAUGGCUACAGAGAUAAGAAAAAUGCCAAAGAUCUUAACAAUCAACUAGAAGUGGCUAUUGGCGACGGCAUGGAAUUCACCAUCCAUGGAGACCUGAAAAACAAAUUGAAAAAGGGAAAACUGUGUAUGAAUAAUACGAAGGCGAUCGGUAACUCAAUAAAUCAUCACGACAACAGAAUGGAACACGAGUACAUGAAUCAUCACGAGGAAGACACGAUAAGUCACAAAUCGUACGGUAGUCACAAUAAUCGUCCGUUCAAGGACGAGAGUCACAAAGGAAGUGUCGAUUCCUUGGACGGUGAGGAGAAGAAAGACGCGAGCAAGGAAGAUCUUGAUCAGGAAGGUUCGUUACUAGAUCUAGAGGAAGACGGCGAAGAAGGCGAAGAAGAGUUGCACGGAAUUAUUCAAACUGACGAAGAGCUAAUCGACGCCGACUAUCCUGCCGACUGUUGUCCGGAUAAUUGUUACAAAAAGUUUCCGUUCCUGGCGGGUGAUGACGACGCUCCUUUCUGGCAAGGAUGGGCCAAUUUGAGGCUAAAAACUUUCCAAUUGAUAGAAAACAAGUAUUUCGAGACGGCCGUUAUCACGAUGAUUCUACUCAGCAGUUUAGCUCUGGCGUUGGAAGACGUCCAUCUUUCGUCCAGACCGAUUCUCCAGGAUAUACUGUACUACAUGGAUCGAAUAUUCACCGUGAUUUUCUUCAUCGAGAUGUUGAUAAAAUGGCUUGCCCUGGGAUUUAAAAAGUACUUCACCAACGCGUGGUGCUGGCUUGAUUUCAUCAUCGUAAUGGUCUCCCUCAUUAACUUCGUAGCGUCGCUCUGUGGCGCAGGGGGAAUUCAAGCCUUCAAAACAAUGCGGACCCUAAGAGCCCUAAGACCGCUCAGGGCGAUGUCUAGAAUGCAGGGGAUGCGGGUGGUUGUAAACGCUUUGGUGCAAGCAAUUCCGUCUAUCUUCAACGUGUUGCUGGUGUGCCUGAUAUUCUGGUUGAUUUUCGCCAUAAUGGGGGUUCAGCUAUUUGCUGGAAAGUACUUCAAGUGUGUGGAUGCAAACAAGACGACGCUGAGUCACGAGAUAAUACCAGACAGAAAUGCUUGUAUAGCUGAAAAUUACACCUGGGAAAAUUCGCCGAUGAAUUUUGACCACGUUGGUAAAGCUUACCUGUGCCUUUUCCAGGUGGCAACGUUCAAGGGAUGGAUACAGAUAAUGAACGAUGCGAUCGACUCGAGAGACGUGAAUAAACAACCGAUUCGCGAGACAAACAUCUACAUGUAUCUCUACUUUGUCUUCUUUAUUAUAUUCGGGUCAUUCUUUACUCUGAAUUUGUUUAUCGGAGUUAUCAUCGACAACUUUAACGAGCAGAAGAAGAAGGCUGGUGGAUCAUUGGAAAUGUUCAUGACUGAGGAUCAGAAGAAGUACUACAACGCCAUGAAGAAAAUGGGAAGCAAAAAACCAUUGAAGGCUAUACCACGUCCUAGGUGGAGACCUCAAGCGAUAGUGUUCGAAAUAGUGACGGACAAGAAGUUUGAUAUGAUAAUCAUGUUGUUUAUCGGACUGAACAUGUUGACAAUGACACUGGAUCAUUACCAGCAAAGCAAAACAUUCAGUGAUGUGCUGGAUUACCUAAACAUGAUAUUCAUAGUGAUAUUCACCAGCGAGUGUCUGAUGAAGAUAUUCGCCCUUCGUUACCACUAUUUCAAGGAGCCAUGGAACCUGUUUGAUUUUGUUGUCGUUAUAUUAUCAAUAUUAGGUCUGGUACUCAGCGACAUAAUCGAAAAGUAUUUCGUCUCACCGACGUUACUUCGUGUCGUUCGAGUGGCAAAAGUUGGUCGAGUACUUCGUUUGGUCAAGGGAGCCAAGGGCAUAAGAACACUGCUCUUCGCACUGGCCAUGUCACUACCAGCGCUCUUCAACAUCUGUCUCCUCCUCUUCCUGGUGAUGUUCAUCUUCGCCAUAUUCGGAAUGUCCUUCUUCAUGCACGUCAAGGACAAGAGCGGCCUUGACGACGUCUACAACUUCAAGACGUUCACGCAGUCGAUGAUACUGCUGUUCCAGAUGUCAACCUCAGCCGGUUGGGACGGGGUGCUGGACGGUAUAAUAAACGAGGAAGACUGCCAGGAGCCAAACAACGAGAUCGGUUAUCCUGGCAACUGCGGUUCGUCGACGAUAGGAAUCGCGUACCUCCUUUCGUACCUGGUGAUAAGUUUCCUGAUCGUGAUAAACAUGUACAUCGCUGUGAUCCUCGAGAACUACUCCCAAGCGACGGAGGACGUUCAGGAGGGUCUGACCGACGACGACUACGACAUGUACUACGAGAUAUGGCAACAAUUCGACCCUGACGGUACCCAGUACAUAAGAUACGAGCAGCUCUCGGACUUCCUGGACGUGCUAGAGCCGCCGUUGCAGAUACACAAGCCGAACAAGUACAAGAUUGUGUCGAUGGAUAUCCCCAUAUGUAAGGGUGACCUUAUGUUUUGCGUGGACAUUCUCGAUGCACUCACAAAGGACUUCUUCGCGAGAAAGGGCAACCCUAUCGAGGAGACGACCGAACUCGGCGAGGUGCAAGCAAGACCGGACGAGGCGGGCUACGAGCCCGUCUCUUCGACCUUGUGGCGUCAGCGUGAAGAGUACUGCGCUCGCCUGAUCCAGAACGCCUGGCGCAAGCACAAACAGCAAAGGCUCGGGGGGCCGAGCGAGGAGAGCGACGACCCGGACACCGACCCCCGGGGACGGCAGACGGCGGUCCUCGUCGAGAGCGACGGUUUCGUCACAAAGAACGGGCAUCGGGUCGUCAUCCACAGUCGUUCGCCCAGCGUCACCUCGCGCACUGCGGAUGUCUGAUCGCGGCCGCGUCCUCCUCCCAAUUAUUAAUUAACACUAAUGAAAAACACCUCACACGCGUUAUAUUUAUACUAUUUAACAGCCUUAUAGUUGUAUAAACAUAUAUACAUAUACACAGCCAUACACACACGCACGCACACACACACACACACACACACACACACACGUUUAUAUGUAUAUACAAAUAUAUACAUAUAUGUAU